AUGCCUGAUGAAAGCAGAACAGCAGAGCCUAAGGUAGUGUCUAAUAGUAUUGACUUGAUACAUAUAUUGGCAAAAUUAGAAAAAAUAGUUAGUGAAAGUGGAAUUGAUGAUAACGAAGUAGAGAUGAAUUAUUGUAUAAAAUUGAUAGAAAAUAAUGAAGUAGAAAUAAGUGAAAUAAAGACCAUUUGUGAAAGUAAUAUUGAAUAUGCAGAGAUAAUUAUUAAUACGAUGAGAGACGAUAGGAUAUUUGAAUUAUUGAAGUCAAUGACAAUAGAUCAAAUAAAAGAUAUUUAUAAUUUCAAUACUAUAACUAAAAUAUUCAAUAUAUUGAAAGAAUAUGAUUCAAGUAAACUAGAAUCAAUAAAAAGUACGUUUUAUCGGAAUAAUAAUACAGAACUUAAAGGCUUAUGCCUUGCGAUAACUUUUAUGCUUGCUAUUAUAUAUUAUGCUGAAUGUAUUGCAAAUAAUUUCCAGCCAUCAAUGGAUGCAUACAAUUAG